AUGAGAUCCAUUUUGUUAAUUCUAUCCAUUCUUGCCACCCUUUUUCUUUCAUCGGCCCAAGGAGAGGAUGAAAAACAUAGAAAAAAUUGUGCGAUAGUUCGUUUUCGUCGUCCGGUUGAUGGCUCUAUCACUUUUAGAAAAGUUAAAGGCGAACAAGGACUUGAGAUCAGCGUUGACAUCUUGUCUGGGUUAACUAUCCGUGGUGAAAAGUAUCCUUAUCAUGUUCAUGUUUCACCCAUCCGCAAUAAGAAUUGCGCUACCGCCGGGGGCCACCUUGAUCCUACGGGUGCCGGAAAAGCGCCAGGCUAUGUCUGUAAUCCUAAAAAGCCGGAAAAAUGUCAAGAUGGCGACUUGUCUGCUGACGGAAAUGAAGUCCAAUAUGUGACAGUAACCAAGAAAAUCGUUCAUGUGGUCACCCAUUAUGUUCCGACUACCUUGACCGUCUCGCCACCGUCAAGUCCCAAGGUUGCGACAUCGCCACCAAGAACCUCGUAUUCAGAAACUCCUCACCUGGCUUCAACAGAGGAAAUCGCCACCCAUUCUACACUCGCUCAUCGUCUCACCACUCACCCUAUACCUUCGCACUCUCCCUCGUCAUCUCUUCAAGUCAACUCUAUUGGAACGGAGCCAAUCAAAACGCCGGUUAAACUACCCAAGAAACCUACAGUUCAGUCGCAUUCUAAAUCUAUUCAUAAAACUGGCCCAAUUUCCACAGGCAUCACAACUCGGACAAAUGUUCAAGCUAAGAUCUCUACAUCAAUCACCACUUCUACACGCAAAACCUCUAAUGCCAGCACUGAAUCGAUUUUAUUUUGGUAUCUAGCUGUUCAAAGCAUUAUACCCGAUGAGGCAGAAUGGAGCAAAUUUUUGGAGGUGAUUAGGAUCACUCUUCCAACCUCUUUCCGAAUCACCGGUAGCAGAAGGUAUCCAGAUGAGCUCGGAUGGCAACACUCCGCACCACGGAUGAUUAUCAAGAAAGAACCUGAAUUUCAAACAUUUCAUAGGUGGUUGGUUUCGGAAACUGAAGUGGGUAACAUUAGUCGUCAAGAAGCUGUCAGCAUGAUACCGCCUUUGCUUCUUGAUGUUAAGUCGGAUCAUUGGGUGCUCGACAUGUGCGCAGCCCCCGGAUCAAAGACAGCACAGAUAAUUGAAGCAAUGCACGCGAACGAUACGCGAGAUAACAAUAUCCCUUCCGGUAUCGUCAUUGCGAAUGACGCUGACCCUAGAAGAAGUUAUACUCUCGUUCACCAAACAAAGAGGUUGAGAAGUCCAUGCCUAAUGGUCACGAAUCAUGAUGCGACACAAUUUCCCGGCAUUUAUGUGAAGCAGGGUACAGACGGUGCACCAAGACCGAUACAAUUUGAUCGCGUUCUGGCCGAUGUCCCGUGCAGGUGA